GCUGCCCUCACCUCCCGGGCGCUGCCUGCGGGAGCGGCCCGCCAGCCGGGCGGGAGGCCCGCGGCCUGCCCAGCGCGGAGGGCGGUCCCGGGGAGUGACAGGCCGGCCCUCGGCGCUACCGGGGCUGCGUGGGGGGUGGAAGCCGACGGCUAAUAUCGGCCAUCUCCGUUUCCAUCGGGGAGAAGCGGGGGAGAAGCGGCCCCGGGAGCAGAACAGCAAUUCAACGGACUUGUAAUUUCAGCAGCUCGUUCGUGCUUGGGAAUGAACGUACUACUUCAGAUGUAUAAAGAUCUACAGAAACGUUAUGUUAAAGAAAUCAAAACAAACCAGGAGCAAAGUGAAGCAAUUAAAAAUCUCACUUUUCUUGACAGAUUAAAAUUCAUGAGCUAGAGCAUAAUCUUCGAGAGCAGAGGCAAAGAAUUGAGCAACUGGAAUGUAAAAAGGUUUCUUGGAAAACUAGUGCUGUUUCUGGAAAAAGAAGUCGAACCCCAGAGGGAGAAGUAACAUCCCGCAGGGAUGUUUCUAAGAAGAAGGAAUCCUGUUGCAGUAAAUAUUUAGGGCUUUUGUACUGAUACGAAGCCCAACGUGAUCCUCUGACUAGCCCUACCGUUUUUACCUGAAGGGGGAGAACUGAGCCAUUGGGAAAAUCUUAUGCUGGUGCUGCAAUGCUGAGUUCUAGCUCAACCACUGUGAAGAAUCGUCCUUUGAAGAAGAGGCUCCAUUUCCUGCUGAAACUUGUGUGCUUUGUCAGCUCAGUGUUAAUAUUUUGUGAAUUUUUAAUUUAUUAUGUAGUAAUUUUUCACUGUCAGUGGCCCGAAGUGAAAGGUGGAGCUCACAUGGGUAAAAGAGAGACUCCAACUUCAGUCCUAAAGGCCAUCAUUUUAGCUGAUACUCACCUACUUGGUGAAAUCAAAGGACAUUGGCUGGAUAAGCUAAGAAGGGAAUGGCAAAUGGAGAGAUCUUUCCAAACUGCCUUAUGGUUACUGAAGCCAGAUAUUGUUUUUAUUCUGGGAGAUAUCUUUGAUGAAGGAAAAUGGAGCUCACCUCAGGCGUGGGCAGAUGAUGUCAGGAGAUUUCAGAAGAUGUUUAAGUGUCCAGUUUCUACUGAGCUAGUUGUUAUCGUUGGGAAUCAUGACAUUGGAUUUCAUUAUGAAAUGACUACUUACAAGGUAAAUCGAUUUGAAAAAGUUUUCAACUUUACUUCGGGAAAGCUAAUAACACGGAAAGGAAUAAACUUUGUCAUAGUGAACAGCGUAGCCAUGGAGGGCGAUGGCUGUGCUGUCUGCCGUGCCUCAGAGGCAAAGCUCGUGGCGCUUUCUCACAAACUGAAUUGCUCCCAGCAGAAACCAAAUCAUUCGAACAAAAGGUGCAGUGAUGUGGAAAAGCUUCCGCCUUCAGAACCCAUCCUUCUACAGCAUUACCCCCUCUAUCGGAAAAGUGAUGCUGAAUGCAGUGGAGAAGAUUCUGCUCCUCCAGAGGAGAAGAACAUCCCAUUUAAAGAAAAGUACGAUGUACUGUCUCAGGAAGCAUCGCAGAAGGGCCAAAAAGUACGUCCAGUAUUCGGGAUGAAGGCCAAAUGGCUGAUAUGGUGGUUUCAUCCCCGGUUGAUUCUCAGUGGGCAUACGCAUAGUGCUUGUGAAGUGCUGCACGCGGGGAAAAUUCCAGAAAUCAGCGUCCCGUCGUUCAGUUGGAGGAAUAGAAACAACCCUAGUUUCAUCAUGGGCAGCAUAACACCAACUGACUUCUCCCUCCAAAAAUGCUUCCUUCCGUAUGAGAGCAGAGUCUUUACUAUCUACUGUGCAGCAGGUGCUCUGCUUGUAAUCCUGAUACUAGCUCAUUUUCAGCUUCUCACGCCACCAUUUUAUUUUGCUCAGCGUUUAAUCAGUAAGCAUAAAGCAGUAUGAAGAGCCAGACAUCUGCAUUCAGUCACUGAAAUACCAAAGCUGAGAACAGUCAAACAUCAGACUAUAUUCAUGCCAGCAAAUGACCUAAUUUGAUUGCUAGUCUGAAGGCAGGUUGCAUUUACACAUACCAUAGAAGUCCUAUACAGCUGAUAUGACUACUACAGGAUAAAUAAUUAACUGAAAUGAACAUUUCAUGCUGUACAAAAAUACUGUAUUCUACAAUCAAAUGAGUCCUUUUCCUGCUAUAAUUUUUGUAUCAAAUAUGUAUAUUAAAAGUGUAACUGUA